AUGUCACAGACUUCAAAUGCAAUUACUGUCUGUUGCUGUCUUAUAAAUAUUAGUCAUUUACAAGUAUUAAAUGUCUCUUAUUGUUUCGAGCUCAAAGAAUUGCCUAAAGAUAUUAAAAAGCUUGUGAAUCUUAGGCAUUUAUAUUGUGGAGGUUGUUACUCUUUGUCUCAUAUGCCACGUGGGCUUGGGCAGUUGACUUCACUUCAGACGUUGUCACUGUUCGUAGUGGCAAAAGGGCAUAUUUCCUCAAAGGAUGUUGGAAAAAUAAAUGAAUUGAAUAAGCUUAAGAAUUUGAGGGGACGUCUUGCAAUUAGAAAUCUGGGAUGUGUGGAUAAUGAGAUUGUAAAUGUUAAUUUGAAAGAGAAGCCACUCCUUCAAUCAUUGGAAUUACGUUGGGACCACCAGAGUUGGAAUGAUUCAAAUGUUGAUAGAGAUGAAAUGUCAUUCCAAAAUCUCCAACCACAUCCUAAUCUUAAAGAGUUAUAUGUUGAUGGCUAUGGAGGCAGGAGCUUCCCAAGUUGGUUCUCUUCCCUCUCGAAUCUUGUCAAUCUCUGUAUAUCGGAUGGCAAUGGAUGUCAGCAUCUCCCAUCAAUGGUUCAAAUCCCUUCUCUUCAAUAUCUAGUUAUUUCGAGAUUAGACGAUUUAGAAUACAUGGAGAUUGAGGGACAACAAACAUCAUUCUUUCCAUCCCUAAAGUCUCUCACGCUAUAUGAUUGUCCUAAGCUUAAAGGAUGGCAGAAGAAGAGGGAUGAUUCGACAGCACUUGAGCUACUCCAAUUUUCUUGUCUUUCAAAUUUCUAUUGUAAUAACUGCCCGAAUUUGACCUCCAUCCCUCAGUUUCCAUCUCUCGAUCAAUCACUACAUUUGCAGAAAGCAAGCCCACAACUUGUGCACCAAAUAUUCACACCAUCAAUCUCUUCUUCUUCCUCAAUCCUUCCUCCUCUCUCUAAAUUGAAGGACCUUACGAUUAGGGACAUUGAAGAGCUCGAAUCUCUACCUCCAGAUGGACUGCGGAAUCUCUCUUGUCUUCAAACACUAACCAUUGAUACUUGUCCGGCAUUGAAGUGUCUGCCUCAGGAGUUGCAUUCCCUCACCUCUUUACGAAAGUUGGAUAUCCAGGACUGUCCCCAAUUGAAGGAAAGAUGUGGAAAUAAAAAGGGUGCGGAUUGGGAAUUCAUUUCACACAUCCAAAAAAUUAAAGUUGAUAGACAAACAAUUCAAAAGGAGGGCCGGUAUCUACUGGAUGAUGAAGCUUCGGAUAUGCUCUUGGCGAGUGGGAUACGCAUUUUGAAUAAUUUUAACUGGAUUUUCAUUUUGCCAUCAAUGGCUCAUCAAAAGUUAUUAGAACACACAUUAAGAAACCACAACUACAUGCCAUGGCUGGCUUUCCACAGAAGAAUUUCCUCACAUUGCAUGACUACUUUGAGACUGUUGCCAGAAGAUUCAUACAAAUAA